CGCAUCACCGCGGUGCUUUCGUGCAUCUCCCGUCGGCUUCGGGAAUCUGGGAAACGUCAGAGCAGAUUGGUUUCCGACGUCAAGAGAGCAUUGAUUGCCCACCAUGGCCAUUACGCCGACCCAGUUUGCUAAGAAGACGGCGCAGUCGGCCAAUUGGUCUGAUGCCAAGCGACGAGUGCUCUCCUCCUACCGAGAAUGGAUUCGAGCUGCCCCCGAAGUCCAAACCAUGUACAACAUGCCCAUGCCCGUCUCCGCCAUCCGAACCCGUAUGCGGCAAGAAUUCGAACGACAACGAUUUGUGAACAAGCUCUCUGUUGUAGACGUUCUUCUCUUCAAGUCCCACGCCGAGUACCAGGAGACAAUGAACUUCUGGAAGCAGACCAAUCACAUCAUGGCCUACUUCAAGGAGGAGAACUUCCGAGGUGACAAGCGACUACCAUCCAGCUUUAUGACUGGCUUCCUCGAGGGUCGCAACUAGCAACAAGGGCUUGUGUAUAU